AUGGAGAGGAGGGCCGUGGCGGCGCCGCCAGUCGAAGGCUGGAGGAAGAGGGGACGACCCGAUGAGUGUGACGCGUCUGGAGAGUUUUCCUUCCUGAGGGAAAUGAACGGAGACCUCCUCGAGAAGAUCCUCUCCCGGCUGCCCCCCUCAAGCUUCUUCCGCCUCCGUUCAGUCUGCAAGAGAUGGCGGUCCGCAUCGACCUCUGCGACCUUCGUCGUCUCCUGUACAGAGGUCCCCGAGAGAGAGCCCUGGUUCUUCAUGGUGGACUCCGACCUUCGCUACUCGGUCGUCUUUGACAGUAGCGAGGGCGACUGGAAGAACCUCAACCGGCCAUCUCUCCUCCCCAAGUCCAUCCCCGUGGCCUCCGCCGGGGGCCUGGUCUGCUUCCGCUCCCCCUCCGGUUGCCUCUUUGUCUGCAACCCGGUCGACGGCGCCUGCCGCGAGCUCCCUCCCCCAUCGCCGGCGGACGCAGCAGCAGACCAACAAAUCCACGCCAUCGCCAUGAAGUCCUCCCCUCUCGGCCACCCGUCUCCAUCCUACGAAGUGGUCCUCAUCUCCGGUGACUCUGCGAACCUCACCGUCAAGGUGUACAGCUCGGAGAGAUCGCGGUGGGAGGAGGGUUCGCUCUCCCGGAAGAAGAAUCCCCCUCAAGAAGAAUCGGAAAUAUCCAGCGAGGAGACGGUUUACUUCCUCAGCAAGGCCGGCGAGGUGGUGUCGGCGGAUAUUCAGAGGAGUCCCUUCAAGAAAUACUCGUCAGUGAUCACCACGGUGGAGGCCGGGGAGGAACUGAUCUACUUCCUCGGCCCAACCGGUGCAGUCGUCGCCUGCAACCUCAGCCGGCGGGAGGUCGCCAACCUCCCCCGGCUGCUCCCCGUCAACGUGGAGUACUCCGUCGACGUGGUGGAGUGCAUGGGGGAGAUGAUGGUGGUCGUCCUCUCGGAGCUGCUGGAGGCGGCGAGCCUCAGGGUGUGGCGCUUCUGCAGGGGAGACCAGUCGUGGCGACAGGUGGCGGCAAUGCCGCCGUCGAUGUCCCGCGAGUGGUUCGGGAAGAGGGCCGACGUCAACUGCGCGGGGUUCAAGGAGAUGAUCUUCGUCUGCUUGAGCUCCGGCGACUUGUGUCGCUGCGUCACCUGUGAUGUCGCCGCCGGCGAGUGGCGGGAGCUCCCCGGUUUCUCCGUCGAUGGAGCUCCCUUGGAGUUCAUGUCGGCCUUCUCCUUCGAGCCCCGGGUCGAGGCCCGAGUCUAG